GAUGCAUCUGAGGUCCCGUUAGACCAAGUAGCUGCGCCUAUUUAUUUUUUUUUAAAUAGUAGUUUAGUUGCAUAGCGUUAAGUAACGCACGGGAGACAAAAUGAGUAGACAUUUUACUGCUGCUUUUUGUUUGGCUUUAGUUUUUCUUCCUCUCUUGGUUAGUUCCUGUCCUGCACAGUGCAGCUGCUUCUUCCACAAAUUAAGCGAUGGAUCAAAAGCAAGGAGUGUGCUUUGCAAUGAUCCAGAAAUCACUGUGGUCCCUCCAAAUUUCCCCACUGACACAUCAAAGCUUCGUAUUGAGAAAACAGCAAUCACGAGGAUUUCUAGCAACAACUUCCACUACCUCAACAAUCUGGAGUUUCUCUGGAUGUCUUUCAAUUCACUGAAUUUACUGAAUGUUGACAGUUUUCGGGGUCUUUACAACCUGGAUGAGCUCAGGCUGGACGGAAACGCCCUCACCUCCUUUCCCUGGGAGUCUCUGACUGAUAUGCCAAACCUGAGGCUCCUUGACUUGCACAACAACAAGAUCUCCACCAUCCCUAUCGAAGCCACCAUGUACAUUAAGAAUAUCACCUAUCUGGACUUAUCCAGCAACAGUCUGACAACUGUUCCUGCUGAUGUUCUCACAAUGUGGCUGAGUGUGAAGCCAUCCCAGGACACUGAUUCCUCCAAACUAAUUCUCGGCCUCCAUGACAACCCGUGGCUGUGCGACUGCCGGCUGUACGAUCUGGUCCAAUUUCAGAAGUCCCCAUCAUCAUCUGUGGCACUAGUCGACACCAGGCUGAGGUGUGCUGAUCCAGAGAGCCUGUCAGGGGUUCUUUUCACCGAGGCGGAGCUGCAGAGGUGCCAGGGCCCCCGGGUGCACACAGCCGUGGCUCGUGUUCGGAGCUCACUGGGCAACAAUGUCUUACUGCGCUGUGGCACGGUUGGUGUCCCCAUCCCCGAGCUGUCCUGGAGCCGUGCUGAUGGCAAGAAAAUGAAUGGCACCGUUCAGGAAGAGAUUUCAAAGGAGGGCAUCAUUUGGUCGAUUCUGAGCGUGCCUGCAGUCUCCUACCGUGACUCUGGGAAAUAUGUGUGCAAAGCAACCAAUUUUGUGGGCACUGCAGAUGCCAUCAUCUCCUUGGUGAUCACAGAUUCCUUUCGGUCAGAGGAGACAGGUGGUGGUGUCUCUAAGAGAAACAGAGGGAAGAAACCUGGUGGCAUUGGAAGAGCAGCAUACCAGGAGAAGCUUAUUGCCAGAUAUGUUCCUCCACCAACAACCACAGCAGGACAGCCCAUCAUCGAACCUCUCAAUGGCAAAGGCGUGACUGGGAAGUAUGAGAUUGAGAGCUACAGCAUCUCUGACGGCGUUUCUCAGGCACGAGGCAAGGUGUCAAACCCCCAGAAGCCCACGGAGGUGGAGCAGGAUGCUUUGAACUUAGCGGCCAACGCCUCAUCAUUGCAGCAGGCUCCAGAGAAAAGGGUAGUUCGCUCGGUGAAGGUGAUUGGUGACACCGACCAUACUGUCUCUCUGAACUGGCGAGCCCCCACAGCCACAAACACCACAGAAUUCAGUGUCCUGUAUGCAGUAUUUGGUGAGAGAGACAUGCGUCGCAUCAAUGUGGGUGCUGGAAAGAACCGGAUCACCAUUGACGGCCUUGUGCCAAAGACGAAGUACAUUGCUUGUGUUUGCGUCAAAGGCCUGAUCCCGAAAAAGGAGCAGUGUGUAAUCUUCUCAACAGACGAGGCGGCCAGUGCUAGUGGCACUCAGAAGCUUAUUAAUGUAGUGGUGAUAACAGUGGCGUGCGUUAUUGCUGUCCCCCUGACACUGAUUGUGUGCUGUGGGGCGCUAAAGAAACGCUGCCAAAAGCUGCUGGGGCGGCAGUCCAAGGAGAUGCAGGACUCAUAUGUCACGUUUGAGACCCUUGGCCCCGGGGCCAAAGCUAAAGGGAUGGAGGGCGAGUAUCUGACCAGGCUAAACCCUGAUGAAUCCAACAGGCUGCUUUCAGCGAGGUCCAGUGUUGACUCAGAGGCUACAGCUAGGACUGAGGGGCCACCUAAUGAGUACUUCUGCUAAAACCAAAUGUAUGCCUCAAACUCCAGAGGAUGCACUUUGUUUUCUAACGGCCUGCGAUGUGAAUAGAUAAACUGCAGUGCUGAGAGACUCAAAAGAGUUAUAUGAUCCUCUUUUAAGGGUCUUCAGAGGACACUGAUAGCUCUUUCAGCAUUGGAUGUAUGAAACUGUUUUACAGCCUUGUGGGAAUGAAAACUACCAUUCAUUUGGUAGACAACAAAAAAGGGAAAAUACACAAAGUGACGGUUUCAGUAUUUACAUGUGGUGUAAAUGUGUAUUUUUUUUUUUUUAUUCAUCAUGCACUUUUAAAGGUGAUGUUUGGCAGAGGACAUUGUCUUGAAAUGUUGCCCUAAACUGUCUAAAACCCAUCAUUUCUUUUCCAAGAUGUAACCUCUGCAUUGUGUUAAAUUCCUCAUUUAAAACAUAAAGUAUUUAGAGAAGCGAUGGACCAGCAGUUAUUAGUCUGUUUUGUAUGUCAGUAUAAUGUUAACGUGCCAGGUUUACCGUUGGGGCAAAAACCUAAAAUACAGUACAUUUUAUAAUGUGUAAAUAUUUGUGACCUGAAAUAUAUGUGUA